UCAUAUAAAUACAGUCCAUUUAUACACCACAUACACCACCACUAAUAUAAGUUACUUCUUAUGUUAUGAAAUUAAUACCUACUUAAAUUACACCUAUAGUAGCUAGCAAGUUAACUCACUGUAUUUGUUGGAUGCUCACAAGCGACAACUAAUGCCAUCUAAUUCUCAUAAUCUCAUCUCUCCAAGCCACCUAGUAACUGCAUGUAUAAUUGAGUUUAAAUUACACCUAAAGAAUUAGCUAGCUAGCAACUUAAUUCACUAGAAUCCUAACAAGCGACAACUCAUGCCAUCAAAUUCUCUUAACCUCAUCUUUUCGAUAGCUAUAUAAGAUGAACCUCCAAGCACCAACUCGAUGGUAAGGCUACACAUCUCCGACGACCAAUCCACCGGCGACGUGCAUAAUUAAGUAGCAGCAAUGGCGCCUCCUCGCAGGCCGAGCAUGGGGCGGCAGAAGAUCGAGAUCCGGCGCAUCGAGAGCGAUGAGGCGCGUCAGGUGUGCUUCUCCAAGCGCCGCGCGGGGCUUUUCAAGAAGGCCAGCGAGCUCUCCAUCCUCUGUGGCGCCGACGUCGCCGCCGUCGUCUUUUCCCCCGCCGGCAAGGCCUUCUCCUUUGGCCACCCCUCCGUCGAGUCCAUCCUCGACCGCUUCCUCGACACCUCGCCUGGGGCGGGGGCCGGCCUCUCCUCCGCGGGCGACCACGCCGUCUCUGAGCUGAACCGCCAGUAUGGCGAGCUGCGUGCGCAGCUGGACGACGAGAAGGUGCGGCAGGAGCGCGCCGACGAGACCAUCCGGAAGGAGAGGGCCGCGAGGAGUCAAGCGAUGGCGUGGCUCGAUGCGGACCUUGGCGCCAUGGGCCACGACGACCUGGUCGCGUUCUGGGGCGCGCUGAUAGGCGUGCAGGCCGCGGUGGCGGCCAGCGCCGACCAGCUGCUGCGUGACGCGCUGCUCGUCGGGUGCAGGGGGCGGCAGCCGCCCCAGCUUGCCGGUGGCGUGGCCUUUGACGUCGCUGCGUUCGGCGUUGGCAUGCAGCCGCCUCCGGGGCUCGCCGGAGUCGACCUGAACGGAUUCGGAGGACAGGCUACAAUCCUCGGCCCCUCCUUUUGA